AUGGAGCAAAUCGUUGACUCUCGAAAGAACAAACCUCUCAGACAUUGUGCCAAGCGCAAAAAGGAAAAGAUGUCUACAAUCGCCAUUACCAACCUUGACCCGAUUGAAAUUCCGCAUCACUUUAACCUCACUCACUGUCCACCCACCGAGUUCGAACUUUCUCCCAGAAAGACGGAAAAGGUCUCUCUUCCUCCUCAUCUAGGUUCUAUCCUCGCAGACUAUGAUAUGGCAACUGGCAGCUCACCUAAAAGCGAGGCGUUGAUAAGAUCUCGAAUUAAUGUGAUCAUCUUGACAACUAUGGCGAAGAUGAAGCGCGAGUUUGUUGCACAGCUCCAUACCUCCACUGUGUCAGCCUCAUCUACUGUCUCCUCCGCAUUACUCAAGUCUAUUCACCUGAAAUUCGAACGCCAGAUAAAAUUCGAUUGGAAAAGCGAUAACCGACUGGUGAAGCUUUCCGGCAUCGUUGACUACUCGCUUUCGUAUGGCCUACCUAAUAAAUAUGGGACUAAUGUGGCUAUUAUUGAAGCGGAAAGACCGCAUUUUCUUAAACGCGGUAUGUUGCAUUGUCUCGCGUAUAUGGCGAUGAUCCACGAAAAAAGAAAGCAAUCCAAAGUUAGAGACAAGUCUGUGUACGGAAUCGCAACGGACAGUUAUGAGUGGGUGUUUAUCCGGAUUCGCCCAAAUGGGGAGUGGAUUGAAAAGACUUACCACUGGGUCCACAGUGCUCAAGAUAUUGUUUCGAUGCUGGUGAAAAUUUUCGCUCAUGCUGCGGGAUACAAUCCCCAGACCAUGUACAAAAGGGAGUACCCAGCUUCGUCGGAGCAGCCGGCUACCAGGACGCCAAAAUAA